CUAUCGAGUCAGGUCGCACCGUCCAAGAACAUGAGAGCCAAAGAGCUCCUGUGGGAGCGACAAAAGCAAGCGGCGGAGAGAUUCGUGAGGCUUCCCUGGGCAGGACAAACUUUAUAGAGUUGCCCACCACCCUGCCCUCAUCUGAGAUGGCGGCUCCGGGGACGCUCUAGCCGGCGCCUCGCAGAGUUCCAGAGGGGGGCGGUGUCCUCGCCGCUGGCCCUGAGGUGGCUGAUACGCUGGUCGCAGCGAACGUGGGUUCCGCCCCAGCUCUUGGCGGCCUCGGGUACGGGGACCGUGAGGGUCUCGGGCCUCUCCCCUCCCGUUCCUGGGGUCUCGGCGCCUUCCCUAGACGGACCCCCCCGCCUCGCGGCCGCCUCGGUCAGAGCCGCUCCGGGCGCCCGUCGGCCGUAACCGCGCCUCGGGCCGGACGAUGCCCAAGAAGCUGCUGCUACUGCCCCCGCUCUCCGCGUCCUCGACCCUCCGCGCCCCGCGAGCCCGCCCCGCCGCCCGCCCGGCCAUGAACGCCGCCCGCACCGGCUACCGAGUCUUCUCGGCCAACUCCACGGCCGCCUGCACCGAGCUGGCCAAGCGCAUCACCGAGCGUCUUGGUGCUGAAUUGGGGAAAUCUGCGGUCUAUCAAGAGACCAAUGGAGAAACAAGAGUUGAAAUAAAAGAAUCUGUUCGUGGCCAAGAUAUUUUCAUUAUACAGACAAUACCCAGGGAUGUGAACACAGCUGUGAUGGAGCUGCUGAUCAUGGCUUACGCACUGAAGACGGCCUGUGCCAGGAACAUAAUCGGAGUCAUCCCGUACUUCCCCUACAGCAAGCAAAGCAAGAUGAGGAAGAGGGGUUCCAUCGUGUGCAAGCUCCUGGCGUCCAUGCUGGCGAAAGCAGGUUUAACUCACAUUAUCACUAUGGAUCUUCAUCAAAAGGAAAUACAAGGCUUUUUCAGCUUUCCCGUGGACAACCUUAGAGCCUCACCUUUCCUGCUUCAGUAUAUCCAGGAAGAAAUUCCAAAUUACAGGAAUGCAGUCAUUGUGGCUAAGUCUCCUGAUGCUGCCAAAAGGGCCCAGUCAUAUGCUGAGAGACUCCGUCUGGGGUUAGCUGUGAUCCACGGAGAAGCUCAGUGUACGGAGCUAGACAUGGAUGACGGUCGCCAUUCUCCCCCAAUGGUCAAAAAUGCUACCGUCCACCCGGGUCUGGAGUUGCCGUUGAUGAUGGCCAAAGAGAAGCCACCGAUAACUGUAGUCGGAGAUGUUGGCGGGCGCAUCGCAAUCAUAGUGGAUGACAUUAUUGAUGAUGUGGAAAGUUUUGUUGCUGCUGCAGAGAUCCUGAAAGAGAGAGGUGCUUACAAGAUCUACGUCAUGGCCACUCAUGGUAUCCUGUCUGCGGAGGCCCCCCGCCUCAUCGAGGAGUCCUCCAUUGACGAGGUGGUGGUGACGAACACUGUCCCUCACGAGGUGCAGAAGCUGCAGUGUCCCAAGAUAAAGACGGUGGAUAUCAGUCUGAUUCUUUCUGAAGCGAUUCGGAGAAUCCACAAUGGGGAGUCCAUGGCAUACCUUUUCCGAAACAUCACUGUGGAUGACUAGCCGUCACCAUUGCCCUGACUGUGGAACUCCUGAGGAAAACGUGUGGAGAGCAGUGCCAUCAACUUGUGUGCACAGUGUUUCCUCUCCAGGGAGGACUGGAAAUAGCCUGAAGUCAGAUAGUCUGUCUCACCACGUUGGGGAGGUAGUCAAGGGGAAGACAGAGCUGAUAGAUAAAUGGCCUUAAAUGUCUGCCAUUGUCAUCCUGUUCCUUAAACAAAAGUUAGACACUUUCCUAAAAAGAAUCCCUAAAUUUUGUUGAUACUGAAAAGGAGUUAAAGGCAGAUAAUCUUACUCUUUGAUAUUUGGGUAUUUCCACCACAGGGAGAUGCGUGUCAGCGUUGAACUUGGUUAGGGAAGCUGAGUGCCCUGGUACUGUUUCCAUUCUAAUUGUCCUCUCCCCAGUCAGCCUCACGUAAGUCUUUUGUAGAAAACCCUAUUUUUAUCUUUGAGAUGCUGCUGUAGCUACAGCCACUGAACAACAAAGCCUUUGUGGCAUUGCCCCAGCGAGGAGGUCAGAUUAGACAGUAGCAUCCUACCUCUGGAUACCCGCGUUGCUCUUCAAUGGCAAAUAAAAGAAUUUGUUGUCUUGCAA